AUGGGCUCUCUUCACAGGGCUCGGAGCUCCGGGCAGCCCUGGAGUGCUGCUGGCUCUCUGUGGGGCUGGGCAGUGUCGAGGCUCCACCUGCACUGGACAACGAGGUUCUUUCAGGAGGAUGAAGAGAUGCGGAUUCUGACCCACAGUGAUGAGCUGAACAGAAGCUAUGGCGAGGACAACAGAUCGCCUUUUGACAACAUCACGAACAAAAAUAAUGCUAGCUCUGAUGACACCAGAAGGCACAGACCAUCUCUGACUGAGCAAGAUCAUCCCAGUACGAGAGAGAGACCGGCUCCUAACCUGAUGGGAUCCAGCAGCACCCCACGGCAGGAGAGCCCAGCUUUUAAAGAAACCAGAGCGACUGUAAUCUCCUCUGGACCCAGUUCCAUCACCAUAACUUCAGCUGUUUCCACUGGAGACGCCUUUUGGUUCAAAAACACCACAACAUAUGGCAAAGGAGAAAGAUCCACUGAGAUAGAUGCUGACAAGAUGGGUAGCAGCAGUGAGGAGAACCCGAGUUUCAGCCAGUCUCAGGGUAACAAGAGGAAAUCCUACCGGCUGGCUCGGCUGCUUACAGUAAAUGAGCAAAAACAGAGACUUUUGGAAGAUGGAGAGAAGAAAAAGGAAGGAGAGGAAACUGUGGAGGGGACUUCUCUGUUCUGUACCAGCCUCGAAGAAGAUAGAGCAAGGAUGAGCUGGGCUAAUCCAGUUCAGAGCCCCAGUACCGGCACCACAGGUCUGAAUCUUGCUGCCACCAUUACUGCCUGGGAGGCUGGCUGGAACGUCACAAAUGCAAUACAGGGCAUCUUUGUGUUGGGUUUGCCCUUUGCCCUGGUCCAGUCAGGCUACGUGGGGCUUGUUCUGCUGGUUGUGUCGGCCUGGGUCUGCAACCACACAGGGAGGAUCCUGGUGGCCUGUCUAUAUGAAGAGGAGCAAAGUGGAGGGUCUGGGUCGCCGUCAAAGGUCAGAGUCCGACACAGCUACCAGGACGUAGUAGAAGCCUGCUGCAAAGGACUGUGGCCGAACUGGCCUGGACUGGGGGGCUGGACGGUUAACGUAGCUCAGGUUAUUGAACUGUUGAUGACCUGCACCCUGUAUCUAGUCGUCUCCACCAGCCUUUUGUCUGACAGCCUGUCAGCGAUGGCUGUUCCGAGAUCAGUGUGCUCUCUGCUGUCUCUGAUGUUCCUGCUGCCCUGCCUGCUGCUGACUGAUCUCAGACCUGUCUCCACCCUCAGCCUGCUGUGCUCCCUGGCUCACAUACUGAUCAGCCUGUUGGUCAUGCUGUACUGUCUGAGUCGAGCCAGCAGCUGGUCCUGGUCCUGUCUGUCUCUGUCUGUGGACCCGGAGGACUUCCUCGUCUCCGUGGGCGUCAUCAUCUUCUCCUACACCUCGCAGAUCUUCCUCCCUCCUCUAGAGGGCAGUAUGGAGGACAGGGGGCAGUUUGAUGCCAUGCUGGGGUGGACCCACGGCGCCGCCUGCAUCAUGAAAACUACGUUUUCUUUGCUGGCCGUGUUGACGUGGGGGGCAGAGACAAGCGAGGUCAUCACGGACAACCUGCCCUCUGACCUUCGACCUCUGGUCAACCUGUGCCUGCUGGCUAAAGCCCUGCUGUCCUAUCCUCUGCCAUUCUACUCCGCUGCUGAAAUCCUACAGACCUGCCUGCUCGGAGAUGCUGCUGUCCCAUCCUGCUCCACUCGUGGCGGUCGAGGGGUGUCUCGUCCGGCCCUGUUGGUCCGCGGCGCCUUGCUGAUGGCAUCGUACCUCCUGGCCCUGCUAGUCCCCAGGUUCUCCCUGCUGAUGGGUUUGACGGGCAGCGUGACCGGGGCGGCCAUGACACUCAUACUGCCGUGCCUGUUCCACCUCAGGCUGCAGUGGGGCCGCCUCGCAGCGAGGGACCGGCUGAUAGAUGCGUGUAUACUGAGUCUAGGGGUCAUCUGUAGUGUGUCUGGUGUGAUUUGUUCAGUGAAAAGACUGGUGGAAGGACUGUAG